CUAGGGUGGUGGUUACGCUCUGCCCUUUUCCUUCUCCCACGGCUGGGUCGACUGAAAAGCUGGCCUGUCGAGUCGUGCGUCCUCGGUGUUCACCGCUCAGCGUCCUCUGGACUUUGGGGGAAAGUCGGGGCGUGACAGGGGCUUGAAAACUCUCCUCUGGGCCGGUCCAGCGAGCCUCCCUGCCUCCCGCUCGGCCCGGCCCCCGCCCGCCGCUGGCCACCGGAGGUCUCCAUCCUGAUCCCCGCCAGGCCAAGUGCCCAUGGAGGAGUGCUGGCUGUCCAGCCCUGGCCCUGGCUCCGGACGGAGGCUCUUGGUCACGGCAACGCCUGGCAGCCUGUAGUCUUCUGGCCUUGUUUUUGCGGGGCUCCCGGCGGUGUCCUCUCUGCUAGCGGCCUGUCUUCUUAAAUACUGGGUCGAGAUACGGUUUUAAACAUGCUGCGGGGCUGGGUACAGCGACUCACCUGUACUGGUGUCUUCACCCCUUUUCCUCAUCUGUAAGCUGGAAAUCAUCUGAGCAAAUCAUCUCAUUUUACAAGUGACAAAACCAAGGGUCAGCGAGGUGAGGUUACUUGCCCAGUCUUUCCUAGCUGCCCUUUGACAGAUCAAGUGAUGCUGUUUGGAAAAAUUUCCCAGCAGUUGUGUGGCUUAAAGAAACCCCCACGGUCAUGUGACUACAGAAACUUUUGGGGCUGGUUGAAUGCAGUGUUUAAUAAAGUAGAUUAUGAACGCAUCAAGGACGUGGGACCCGAUAGGGCAGCAUCUGAGUGGCUGCUACGCUGUGGGGCCACGGUGCGCUACCAUGGCCAGGAGAGGUGGCAGAAGGACUACAACCACCUCCCAACAGGACCUCUGGACAAAUACAAGAUCCAGGCAAUUGAUGCCACCGAGUCCUGUAUCAUGAGAAUUGGAUUUGAUUAUCUGGAGGGCCUACAGCACGUUGAAAAAAUAAGACUAUGCAAGUGUCAUUAUAUUGAGGAUGACUGUUUGGAGAGACUUGGUAAACUGGAAAAUUUACAAAAAAGCAUACUGGAAAUGGAAAUAAUUUCAUGUGGGAAUAUCACAGACAAAGGAAUCAUUGCUUUAUAUCACUUAAGAAACCUCAAGUAUUUGUUGUUAAGUGAUCUUCCUGGAGUAAGAGAAAAAGAAAAUCUUAUCCAAACCUUUAAGACAGCACUGCCUUCUCUGGAACUAAAAUUAGACUUGAAGUAAAAUAAUAAUAUUCAAUAAGUGUCUUCUUUCAAUAUAAAGUAUCAUUUAAAAUUGUUGAUCCUAAACAGCAGUAAAUAUUACAUAAUCAUCAACAGAACUUAAGGAUGUUGUAUCAUGUUUCAGAAGCAGAGCCCAUCAUGUAGAAAAUUAAUAUUCAGACAUGACUCACUGAAGUUACUAAGUUGGAAGUAAAAAUCUAUGCACAUUAAGUCAUUUUAAGAAAAAUGGAAACCAGAUUGCAGUUUAAUUCUGAUAUAUUCCUCAUUUUAUAUAAAUAUCUAUGUAGAUAACUUUUGUUGUAGAUGAUGACAGAAUGGUUCUGUCCAUUAGCACAUUAGCACUUUAAAGUGAUUUAGGGCAGGGCACCUUGGUGGCUCAGUGGGUUAAAGCCUCUGCCUUAGGCUCAGGUCAUGAUGCCAGGGUCCUGGGAUCAA